AUGGGUCAUCCGGCAGCCGGUGUCUCCAGUCCACCACGCCCCAUCUUCAAGACCAUCCAGCAAUUACCACGUUCUGAUGUCUCUAGCACACUAGAGGAGUUGAGAACACUGGAGCGGAAGUCAUUUGCUGCUAAUGAGGUGUUCCAUUUGGAUGACAAAGUUGUCAAGCAGCGUAAUUUGGAAAUCCUUGUCGGAUUCAACCAUCUAUCAACAGGCUCCAGGGUUGUCGCAUAUGCUGUUUCUGUGACUUCCAAUCGUCGCCUCCUUCUCCACAAGGUUUGCGUUUCACCAGAAUGCCGCCGCCGAAGAAUUGGCUAUCUGCUAAUGGAGACCCUCAUUGGCAAUGCAAAGCGUCGGUUCUGCCGCGGCAUUGACCUUUGGGCCGAUGAGGCUAACCAUGCCGCGAAAGGGUUGUACCUUCAACACGGCUUCAAUGUGCAAGAAACUGUCCAAGAUUACUAUUCACCUGGAAGAAACGGAGUCAAGAUGACCCUGGAUUUGAUUGAAUGA